AUGAUUCUUACUUUAUCGUAUAUUGUUACGUCAAUAUUAUUUUCGGGUGUAUUAUUGUUGACAAUCGUACACUUUUACGUCCAUCUAAGAACUCAAGGACGUCUUUGUAAUUUGAUCCCUGGACCUGGUAAAUCGUAUCCAAUCAUCGGCAAUUCAUUGGAUUUAGCAGGACAUCCAGAAUUAUUGAAGAUUCUGCUAACUAGCACAAAAAAUCUGGACAAAAGUAACAUUUAUGAUCUACUUCAUCCUUGGUUGCAAGAUGGAUUGCUCCUCCGUGAAGGAGAAAAAUGGAGAAGCCGAAGAAAAAUAUUGACUCCUGCAUUUCACCUGAAUAAUCUUAGAGAAUAUAUGGAUUGCUUUACGAAUCAUACAAAUCAUUUGAUUAAGAAUCUCAAAGCAGAAUCGGGUUCAAAUGGAGUUAUUAAAGAACUAUUACCGUUACUUACAAAAUUUACUCUUAAUAUAAUACUUGAAUCAAUCAUGGGCGUUGCAAUUGAAGAAAAUGAUAUGGAACAGUACAAGCAAUCAGUUUACGAAUUUGGAGAAACAUUUAUUUAUAGAUCUUUCAGACCAUGGUUGAGGUCGGAAUUCCUUUUUAAGUUAACAUCUAAAGGUCGACAAUAUCAAAAAAAUUUGAAAGUUCUUCAUGGUUUUACUAAAAAGAUUAUCGAAAAACGUAAGCAAUAUUACGAAGAAACUGGUGGUAAAUAUUCAGAUAGCGCUAUGUCAGCAGAUGAAAAGGAUCUUCAACCUAUAAAAGCCAAUCAGAAAAGACUUUCUUUUCUGAAUAUUUUAUUCUCAGCUGUUGAACAAAAUGAAGAUGUCGAUGAUCAAGGAAUUCAAGAAGAAGUUGAUGGUUUCAUUUUUGCGAAUCGGGUAAGAGCAGAAAUUGAGGAAGUACUAGCGGAUAAUAAUGGACAAGUAAAUUUUGAUAAUAUCAAACACUUAACAUACUUGGAAUGUUGUAUCAAAGAAUCAUUGAGACUUUAUCCCUCAGCCGUACUUAUAUCGAGGAAAAUUCAAGAAGAUUUAGUGUUAAAGCACUGUUACGUGCCAAAAGGAACGAUUAUAAUUCUUCGAAUAUUUGACACUCAUCGUGAUGCUAAAUUCUGGCCACGUCCGAAUGUUUUUGACCCAGAUAGAUUUUUGCCUGAAAACUCAGUAGACAGACACCCUUUUUCAUUUAUUCCAUUCAGUGCUGGUUCACGCAAUUGCAUUGGCCAAAAAUUUGCAAUGCUUGAAAUGAAGACUUUCAUGGCUGGUCUACUUUACAACUUUUAUUUGGAACCUCAAGAAACUACCGCGAAUGUACGUUUCACUCCUGAAAUUGUAAUAAGACCGGCUCAUCCAGUUUAUGCCAAAUUUGUGCCAAUAAAUAGAGAUAGUAGUUAA